AUGAGUUUGGUAACCAUUGAUACUGAAAUUAAAUCUCAAGACAUCACAGACUUAUUGACAGAAAUACAAGUAUUUGACAGACAUAUACAUCUAUGGAUUGGUGGCGCUGGUAGAGGAACUAAAUUUUUUUGGGUUUCAACGGGUAAACAAUUCAUUUAUACCAACUGGGCUACUAAUACACCAUACUAUCAAGGCGAUGAUACAUAUUGCACUCAAAUUGGCUGGAGGGAUGAUAUAAAAUGGUUUGAUUAUUGGUGCUAUAGAAAAAAUGGUUUUAUGUGCGAAUACAGUCUUUAUUAUCAUUGUCAAGAAGAAAUGCACACGAAAUUGCAAGAGGAAAUAAAGAAACAAGAUGAGUUGAAACUUAAGUUGGAAGAAAUGCUGUCUGCACCCAAAGUUGACAGCGAAAGUAAGCAAUUUCGUGAUUUAAUUUUGAACAUUAAUCAAUCAAAAUGUUAA